GGAAAGGGGAAGCCUGAGAGGUGCGAAACUCAAAGUGCCCUUAAUUUCGUCCGUUCCAAGUCGAUCUUACCUGCUUACAACUUGAAGGGAGAAUCAGAGGACAGAUCACUCCAGGAGAUCACUUACGUAGAGUGCAAUUACGAGUAUUUUCCCGAAUGUCUCAAGCAAAGCAAGUCAACAACAAAGUUCAGGUAAACAAAGUACAGACUCAAAUAUACUUUAAAAUACAUAAUGUUAUAUGAAAUUUACAGGAACAUAUUUUAGCUGCUUAUUCUUUUUGCUAAUAAUGAUUUCAAAGCCAGAGGUUUCUUGUCUUUUCAUUGUCGUAAUUUUCUGCCUUUAGUUUGUUCCAAAGUAUGUAAACAACGUUGCAUGAAACGCAAGAUAUGAUAUUUUGGAAGCCAUCUUGUCGAGCACGCAACCGGGUGAUGUUGUGUUUGUAUGAGAAUGUCAUGUCGAAUGCUGAUUUCCGUACGAAAACUACUGUUCUGAAGAAAAUGUGAAUUCUAAAUUGAAGCUUCACUCCUAACGAAUUAACUGAAGAGAUUGAAGGGAGUUAGAUAGAUAGAUAGAUAGAUACAUAGAUACAUAGAUACAUAGAUACAUAGAUAGAUAGAUAGAUAGAUAAUCUUUAUUUAUCCACGGUACAAAAUUCGUCAGCUUUAAAAAUGCCUAAUACUAAUAUAAUAAAAAUAUUUAAAUAAAAAGCUGCUUUCCACGAAUGCCGUGCCUUACAGUUCUUUGAGUAAUCGUUUAAAUUGCCCAAGGGACUCUGCUUCCCUUAAGUUACAAGGAAGACUGUUCCAGAGAAUGGCGCCACUAUAGCUGAAGCUGUUUUUGUAAUAGUUUGUGCGCAGUAAUGGAACAUUGAGUUUAUUUUCAGAGUCCCUUAGGUUAUAUGUGACUUCUCGCCUUUCAAAUUUAGAACUAAGAUAGUUUGGAGCCAACCCGUGCAGAGACCUGUAAACCAUUGUAGCUCUUUGAAAUUGUUGCUGGCAAGCUAGGUUUUUCCACCCUAGAAGUUUGAAAAGGCGACCAGCAUCUACGUCAUAGCUUGAGUAGGUCAAAACAUGGGCUGCUCUGUUUUGUAGCUACAUGCAAAACAUUUUUUUAAAUUUUCUAUAAAUUUACAUUUGUCUGUAAAAAAAUAUCUUCCUGCCGCCUAAAAUUUCCAGGGAAAAAUUGCAGACAAACAAAAUGGAAAAUCUAAAGCAAGCGUCUGGUUAAGCACAGGUACGGCCCCCCAAAAUUUGUUAGAAAAAUCCUUUGCUGUGUAGCUUUAGUUUACGAUUCAUAUAUUUUUUUCAAAACAGCCGUUUUACGGAACUCAGUCUUCGACAUCAGAUUCUCAUGCAAACACUGUAAUUUCUCACGCGAUUGCCUACUCGUCAAGAUGGCUUGGAAAACCGUGCUUGGCAAGGUCUAUUUUACACUGCUUGCAUUAAAAACAAAGCUUUAACGCAACUCCGAUCCAGCCAUUACGCUCUUUUAACAUUUUAACCAUUCUGUUGUUCUUUUCAAGUAACAACGUAUGCAUUGCAAUGUCUGAAAAGUGGGUUGCAGCUUUGUUUGAACACUGGGAGGGUCCGAAGCGGGGGGAAAACAAUAGCACUCCGGCCAACACUGUUGGAAUCCUCCCUAGCCACCAACAUUCCCAUUUCGUCUUCCAUUCUUCUCCAUUAGAGCUGGAAGGAAUGUCGUUGUAGUUUGGAUGUGAGUCGUGUGUUAGGUUUAGGGAGUGUUUGGUUUUGCGUGGCAAGUGGCAUUUUGUAAUGUAAUUUUAAUAUCUGCAUAACCCCCUCUGAGGGCAGCAGUAAAUUUUAGAUAUGGGUUUUGACCCAUUUUGGUACAAUGUAGCUGUGUUUUACGUUGAAUCUAUACCUUGCUUGUUAGAUCAGUCCUUACACUUUUAUAUACCUCUCGCCUGAUAAAGUGAAAUAACCCCUUUUGGGAGAAGCAUCCUCAUAAAGUCCAUUGAAGGGGGUACUCCUCCUCUGUGGCCGGAAGAUGACAUUGUUUAGGGAUAUGUACAGUCUGUACAAGACAAGGCCAAACACUUCCCAGUGAGAGAGAAAUGAUAGAGGUGCCAAUUAUCAUAGAAAGUUAAUUGCCUCAUGCAGGGUAAUCCAAGACAGUCUUGGAUUCUGGAUUCCACGGUGUGGAUUCCCGAAUCCAGGUACUCAAUCCCACAUUCCUUGUUGGUGGAUACUGAAUUCCAGGUUCCAAUCAUUAGUGGGAUUUCGGAUUCCUGGAGCUGUAUUCUGGAUUCAAAAGCCAGUAGCUUCCUGGAUUCCAAAGGCAAAACGUUCCUUGACUUGGGAAUCUGGAUUAACCUUCAUGAGGCGAGGAAGAAGAAUUGCUUAAAUCUAAAUUCAAUGGCUGUCUAUAGAGUUGCUGACAUAGCUGUUGGGAGACAUCGGACUAUUUGUUUUUCCAGUUUAUCACCUUAUUAUCAUCUCAUAAUCAUCACCAUUCAAAAUUACUAGUGUUGUUGCCAAUAUAGUAGUGUUGUUUUGUGCCUCUUAGAAGCUGCACCCGUAUAAGAUGUUGGUACCUAAUUCUGGGUGUAAUGUUUGUAAUUUUUAGAUGAGCAAACCAUCUUUUUUACUCACUAAAGUUUUUAGGAUAGUCACCGCCUGGGGGAUUGGCUGCAUCUACAUUGUUCUUAUUAUUCUACCAAAGCAAAGUGUAACUUUAUAAAUUAUGAACCUCUCCGGUUCCUCUUUAAUUCUGCCAUUGAUUGCAGAUAUUGUUGAAACCAAAUUUCUAGCCCGCUAAUAAAUUGGUAAUAAUAGCGGAGCCUCCGCGUGCGCGAAGCGCGGAUCUCCAUACUUCAGAGAAAAUGGUAAACUAUCCAUCCGAGAAAAUUAGAUUAGAUCGAGAAAAGAGGAGCUCUAAAUUUAAUCUUUCCUAAGCUUUCUUCGCAAAACAUGAGUGGCUUCGAUCACGCAACGAUUCUUAGUCCCAGUUUCCAUGACCUCUGCAAGGAACGCCUGGCACAUUGACCCCCGGUUUGUGUACAAAAUACGACUAAAAAGCCCGGGGAGUACUUCCAGAAAAAAUUUAAUGGGGGUGUGCGGCACGCUUCCUGAAACCCUUACCUUAUUUCAGACCAAAAUCUGUGAUUUUCCCUACCCUAUUUCAGACCUGAUCAAAAAUUUGAUACCCUAUUUCAGACUUGAAGCCCUGGAACCCGGCGCGUGACCGGAGCGCGUGACAAGCUGUUACGGCACGUACAUGGUUGGCGUAAACAUUAAAAGGGAAAUGGUCUUAUCGCCAAAUGAGGAGGCAGUAGCUUCUUCUAAAAAACAUACCCAAUUCAAGACUAGAGUGCACAAACCAUACCCUAUUUCAGACCAAAAUGGACGAAAUUGAAACCCUAUUUCAGACCAAAACGGCUAAAACAAAAAUACCCUUUGGCGCCGCACCUACCUAUAUGGCCUAUUUAAGGGAGUACCCCCCAGGGCGAAAACACGUUGCAGAUUAUGAGUCUCGCUGCUUACCCAAGCGAGACUAAUAACUUGUUAUCCUCUUUUAAAUUCGUUGUACUGUGUUUUGUUUGCGCAGACUUUGUCUUCGGUCGAAGUGCUUGAAUGCUCUGUCUGUUACGAACGAUAUGAUGAUAACAAGCGGUGUCCACGGCUACUUAGUAAUUGCGGUCACACAUUCUGCACCUACUGCCUGGAGCAGCUCUUGAAGAAUGGAACCAUUACUUGUCCUCAGGAUAGGAAAGAUGUCGCCGUCAGCGCUGGAGUCGGUGGACUGCCCAAAAACUUUGCCCUUCUCGACGUGCUGCUCGCCAACUCAAAUAAACGGUCAGACACCCCUGUUAAGUGUGAUACUUGUGGGGAAGAGGGACAUCUGGCCACCUCAUUCUGUUUGGAGUGCAAGGAGAAUAUGUGUGACGUAGCAGCACAGUUUCACACCCGCCUCAAACUGAGCCGCGACCACCGUGUCGUAUCAAUUGCGGAGCUGAAGGCCAAUCCCCACCUGGCUGCUAUCCCAGUAUUCUGUUCAGAACACAACGAACCUUUCCGCUACUUCGACACUGACUGUGGGCAAGUCAUCUGUAGGGACUGCUUCGCCUUGAAGCAUAACGGCCACAAGUGCUGUUCCCUCGCCGAAGCUUCCGCCCAGAGCAGACAAGAGUUGGAAGCUCUUGCCUCCAAAGCUAGAGCAAUUGCUGCAAAAUUGAAAGAGGCAGAGAACCGUGCGAUGACCAUCGUGAGUGACCUGAACUGGAAAAAGAACCUUGAAGAAGCAAGGAUUCACGCGUUUUUUGAAGAAGUUAGUGCUUUUCUUUUUUUAUGGUCAUGACAUGAUCAUUAUAGCCUACGCUGCAGCCGGCCCAUGGGUCGCCUAAAUAUUCGGGCGGAACAGAUUAUUAUUUCUUGCAGUUCGUCGUUUACCGGUUUUUAUUAUAUGACUACAAAAGUGCGUCCGCUCUGAUUGGCUGAUGAGCGGGAAUGUACAAUCUGUGUUUAAAUUGUUAAUGAACAUCCAUGUUAUGGUCAAUUGACAGAGUGAUAACUGCCAGAUAGGCUAUUCCCUGACCCUGAGUGUCACAUACCUGUGUCUCGGGCUCAAGUGUACAACUCGUUGAGGUAAUUUGUUUUUUAAAGUUAUCCGCUGACCCGUUAUUAGUUUUUAAUUGACGCAAGCUAGGGGCCAAAAUUUCUCAAUGUUGAAGUAACUGUGUCUUGUGGUUUCGAUAUCAUCACCAGGUUCGUUUCGGUUCAGUGAACACGACGUCGAAUGACCCCUUGCGCACGGGUGUUUAAAAUUACUCCCAGUGUUUUUUAUUAUUAUUGUAUAAUCAGGAGACUCCUGACUGUAUUCAUUUUAAGAAUAGCUCUAAAAGGGCCAUAUAAUAAAUAACUUAUUAACCUCGUCCGUUCGGUCAUUACAGGGAAAUCUAAGACCUCGCUACAUCAAGGCCUUGGCCUGAGAUUUCUCUGUAAUGACCUCACUCUCGGUGAAUAAGUAGAAUAUAACGAACCGUGUAAAUGACCAGCUCCCAAUCGUUUAGUUGAGCGCUAUACCACCAUCGCAGAGGCCAAGGGUUGGAAUCCCGAGCGAGCCUGAAUGCUUAAGGAUUCCUAUUCAGUGGCAAAAGCUGCCACUAUAACGGUGAUGACCUUCUUCGCAUUUGAUUCUUCAUCCCGCAAUUUUAAUGAUAUUCAUAUAAUCAUUAUUUUCAUAUUCUCUUAUGUUAAAGCUUCAUGCCGCCUUGGAAUCCCGGGAACAAGCCCUUGUAAUGGAGUUGAGUCAGGUUCACAAAGCCAAGUCGUUCACCUUGACGGAACAAUGUGACCUUCUUCGUACCUUCCAAGCCUGCUUGUUGAGUGCCGUUGACCGAGCAGUAACCGCUAUCCAAUCGGCAGGUGACGUCCAUCUACUUGUCGCCAAAUCCGACAUCGCCACGACGUUGCUGGCCAUGGGGAGCCAGGCACCCGUCCAGGAGCCACAAGCAGAUUCUGCACUGGAGUUCUGCAUAGGUACCAGUCGCUUAUUGGGCGUGCUUGGCGAAACAGGGCGUGUAACUGACAAGUCUACUUGCGCUGAUUUUACUGGUGCUGCUGGACCGGGACUGGAAGAGGCAUACAUUGGCCGGGAAGCAUCCUUUAUCAUUACUGCACGCGACCACCAAGGCACUCUGCGUUCUGCAGGUGGCGAUUCUUUUGUGGUUGAGCUCAAGGGAGAAAAAGGCGAAAAUGUGGAAGUCAAGAUAGCCGACGAAAAGAGUGGCAAGUACUCCGCGACCUAUAUUCUCCCUGUAGAUAUCAAGGGCGAGCUUCAGCUGUCUGUAUGGUUUCACGGAACUCAUAUCCAAGGUAGUCCGUAUCGUGUUCGAACUGGUGGAGUUCUGCACUAUAUUGGUGUUGCCGAUUGGAUGCAGAGUAAGCAGCCAUACCAGGAACAGUGGAGGCUGAUGGACGAGGCUUGUGCAGCUCUCCCUAGAGCUCCUCCUGGCAGCCGUGCGGCAACAUGUCAAGAGUAUGUAGAGGGGAAAAUAGAAGGCUUGCCGCGGAUUGCUCCUGGUAACGUUUUUUUUACAGGACCUGGUAGUGAAGGUAGAAAAGACGGAAACCAUUGUAUGAAAGGAGUCCAUUGCGGAAGGGCCCUUGAAGGCCAGUUUUCAGCCGACAGUUUUCAUACAGGCAUGCGACAAGCGAUCUGUGUCGCAUACAAGUAA